AUGGGAUACACAACGCUGUGGAAGCGUCUGUCGCCGCGUCAGCUGAAUGUGGCCAUUCAGACCUUCUCACUGAUCUCAAUCUUCUUUGAAGGGUAUGACCAGGGUGUGAUGGGAGGCGUGAAUAGCUCACCGACAUAUGUAACCGAGGUCGGCAUCGGAAACGCUGAUGGGACAGUCACCAACACCACGCAUCAGGGAGGCAUUGUCAGCGUGUACUACCUGGGCGCGAUCUUCGGUUGCUUUGCUGGAGGCUGGCUUGCAGAUCGAGUCGGUCGGAUCAACGGCCUACUGGCUGGCUCACUGUUCGCCUUGGUCGGGGGCGCGUUGCAGGCGGCAGCUCAAAAUUCGAACUUCAUGAUCUGCGCGCGAGUAGUUACAGGAAUCGGCACCGGUGCGCUGACCGGGAUCACUCCUGUAUUGGUCUCCGAGACCUCUUCGGCGAAUCAUCGUGGUGGAUUUUUAGGUUAUGUGUUCAUUGCCAACUAUCUCGGUAUUUCCAUCGCAUAUUGGAUCUCCUUCGGACUCGCGUUUGUCAACAAUGGGUACUCGGACGUACGAUGGCGGUUUUUGCUCGCAUUCCAGUGUUUCCCGGCGCUCCUCCUGGCAGCAGGCAUCAAAAUGUUGCCGGACAGUCCUCGCUAUCUGGCCUCAGUGGGGAGGAAGGAAGAAGCACGCGACCUGCUGAACAGGAUUCGUGGGGGCCAAACCCCUCAAGAAGAUAUCGAUCGCGAAUAUCUCGAGAUUGUCACAGCCGCUCAGGACAGCAAGCCCAGCUCGCCAGUUGAGUUUGUCAAGAUUCUGAUUGGAAAGGGUGGAAAGCCAGGGUUAAAUCUGGGCCGACGCGCAUGGCUGUGUGUUUGGCUUCAAAUAAUGGCGUCUUGGACUGGUAUCACUGCCGUGACUGCGUACUCCCCAACACUUCUGGCUCAAGCUGGUUAUAGUGACAUCAAACAAAAUGGCUUGGCCGGAGGUAUUAAUACGAUUGGAAUCAUUGGUACUAUUAUCAGCGCUCAGAUCAUUGAUCGCCUGGGCCGGCGUGUGUGUUUGAUGGGCGGAGCUGCUGUUUUGUUCGCAGUCAACCUAAUUGCGGGAGCUGUUUAUGAAGGAUCUUUGCACAACCCUGAAAAGGCAGCUCAAUAUGCGCCGGGCGCGGUCACUAUGCUGUUUUUGUUCAACCUGGGAUAUGCCGCAACUUGGGGCACAGUUGCCUUUUUAGUCCCCACUGAGAUCUUCCCGAGUGAUCUGCGAGCUCAAGGCAAUGGAUUCGGAAUCACUGGGUGGGCUAUCGGUGUUGGUAUGACCACUUUGGUCAACCCGAUCAUGUUCAAUGUCAUGACUAGCCGUACAUACUUCCUAUUUGCUGGUCUCAACCUGAUCUGGAUUCCCAUUGUCUAUCUCUUCUACCCCGAAACCCGCAAUCGAUCCCUCGAAUCUAUUGAUGCCCUGUUCUCGACCUCCAGUCCCUUCUACUGGAAGAUGGAACAGGCUUAUAAACUCCACGGUGAUGUUCUUGCUGAGCAUGGCGUCACAAAGAGUGAAGAAGACCUGGAGAUUGGCAAGACCAAACUUACUUCGAUCCCGGCCGAAAUCGAUUCCGAACGCUCGACCACCGAACCUGCGACCGUCUAA